UGAACAGCUGAGACCUGCCACGAACAGAGUUUCAUACAUCGCAGUAUAGAUUGCUAAAAUUGGUUUACGAGAUUGGUCAGUAUGGGUAAAGAAAAAAUUAGUUGUGCCAACGUUUCGAAAUAUUUAAUUUCUUCAUCAGGGCUAGAGUACAAAAACGAAUGAACAGUGAAUGAGGGCAAUAAACAUUUCAAUAAAUUGAUUAAUUAAUUAAUUAACACUGCACAAACAUCACACUUUAAGGUGUGUACGUUCUAUAUUUUGGUGUUUUAUUUGUCUUAAUUUAUAAACGUUUUUUUUUGUUGUUUGUAAUGUUAAUUAAUUAAAGCAUCAAUUUAUUGAAACGUUUGUUGUCCUCGUACUCUGUUCAUUUGCUUUUAUAUUCUAGCCUCGGUGAAUAAAUUAAAUAUUUCGAAACGUUGACACAACUAAUUGUUUCUUUAUCCACACUCACCAAUCCAAUAAUAUUAAUAAACAAUUUUUCAACCAAUAUUAUUACUCAAGAAUGUUCGUGAUUUCUACAAUGGUCAGUAUAGAAUACUUUUGUUUCCCAGCGGAUCUCUGGGGCGCAGCUUUGACUUCAAAAAUCGGCUUCAGUUUGCUUCAAAGAUAAAGACACUUCAGCCACUGCUUGUAAUACCAGCCAACUCCCAAAUCAUAUGAUCUCCUUACAUGGAGCUUACAUAGAAUGGAUUCGUAGUAAUGGCAGCAGUGGUUAAAGAUACCGGGGAGAUAUGGGCACGUCUUUUUGAUCACCGGCCAUUUUUGAGUGGUGAAAUCAAAUUUGUUCUCAAUGAAUAUGAGGAGAAACGUUCUGAUAGAGAAGUUGAAAGAUUAUUUAGGAUAUUAGAACAUGUUACAGAAAUCAAAGAAACACAGAUUGAACGAGUGAAAUUAGUGUCUGACAUACAUUUACCCACUCUCAAUGCCAAUUUGGAAGUGGCUGUGAGUAUGUGUAAUCGUAUUCUUGAAAAAGAAGAAAAUCACCGCUUGAAUACCACAUUAAUUGCUAAACAAGAAAUUCGAAAGACUGAAUGGGAGAAUUUUAUUGAGGACAUGACCCAUAAAUGUGGUAAAAUUGACACAGCAUUUGAAGAGAAAGAAAAAGAACUCAGAGAAUUUUACUUUGAUCUUGAGAAGAAAUUGUAUUUGAAUCAGUAACUUAUUUAAUAGAUCAGUCUGCCAAAAUUAUUUUCAAAAUGGGUACCAUAAUUGAUCAGACCAUUAAAAUCAAACCCUCAAAAUCCAUGGAAGACUUUAUUAAUAAAAUGGAUAAAGAUGUGCUUGCAAAUGCAUCUGCUGGUAUAAAGAAGUUUGUAACUAGUGAUUCAGAUGAAACUGUACUGCUGGAGGUGGUGGAUUUGCAUUGGCUUCAGGGAGAGUUGCGACAAGUGCAGCCUCCAUGUUAUUUACAUGAAUUGCUGAAAGGCUGUGAAAUUGUACUCCCAGAACCAGAGGUCCUCCCACGAAGUCCAGAAUUAGAAGCUAGAGUUCAGCGAUUGCGACAAGAACAAGAAGCCAGAGCAUAUCGAUCUAUGACAAAAAAUGUAGAUGCAGCCAGGGUGUUUGAACCAGAAGAUUCCAUUAGUUAUCAGUUAAGGCAAAUCAACAAACAGCUCAUUGCUGUAUUCCAGUUUGUCCUAUCUGUAGCAGCUGGAUUUGCAUUUGGCUUCCUUGGUAUUGAACUAAUGAUUGGAGACUUGGAUUUUGGCUUUAGACUGCUUCUUGGUGUUAUGUGUGCAUUGAUAAUAGCACUGGCCGAAAUAUAUUUUCUGGCUAAAAAGCUCAGUGAAGAUGUUUAUGUAGAGAAACCACAGAAACCACAUAAAGAUUGAUGUAUUUUGUGGUGUGUGCUUUAACUAUACUUGUAUUAAGCAUUUGUACACUGUAUUGUCUUUUGAGCUGGGAUAUUUUCUUUAAUGUGAUCAUGAUUGUUGUGAGUAUGUUUUGUAUAUUUAUUUUAAUAUCAAUUUGUCCAUAAUGUUAUGUUUAACUGCUUAAUAUGUGGAUAUUACAUUGGAUAUUGACAGUGAUGAUUGUUUCCUAUGUAUAACCUGUAAAGUUAUAAUGCUUUGCCAAAAUAUACCUCAGCUAGCUUUAUGAAUGAAAGUAAUGGGUUAUAUAAGAUAGUCUGCAAUUUUUAUUUUUUUCAUUAUUCUUACCUGAAACGCCUUCCAGUCAGUGUAAACCAUCAUAUCCAAUCUUUCCAGUUCGGCCAUCAUUGAUUUCAUACCCCCCCC